GGACGCUAAACAUGCUGAUUCAGUAAGUGGAAAGCUGGGCCCGGGGAUCUGAGAGCCAGGAGAGCCGGGGGCCCCUAAAUGGUGAAGGAUCGUAUUGUCUUCACGGCACAGAAAUAAACCAUGCUGGUGGGUCAGAGGAGCCGACCCCGCUGCAGGGAGGUCACCGGACCAGCCCCACACAAUGUGGCCGUGAAAGCCAAGUUUCCCUCGCGACGGCCGGUCGAUUUUUUGAUUAUUGAAUCAAGACGCCAGGAAGAGGCUCGGGACAAACUGUUGGCCUUCGCCAAAGAUGAACGAUUGGGAUUCAUGAAGAGCAAAUGGGAGAGGCUCACCGACCACAAAAUCAUCCACAACACAGUGCAGAGAAAGGUCUACGCGACAAUGGAGGAUUAUAGGAUGCACGUGGAGGAGAGGAGAGAGAGACUUAAGGCCUUACUGGAGGCCGAGGAGAUGGAGCACAUCCGGGAAAUGGAGUCCAUGGAGGAAACCACCCUGGAGAGACAGGCGAAAAUGAGAGAACGCGCCAAGAGCCUGAGAGAGAGGAGAGAGCAGGAAAGGUUGGCCAUAGUCGCUGAGAAGCGUGAGCAACAGUUCAGGGAACAAUGUGAAGAUCUGCGUUCCCUGAGGUCUCAAAUUCACCAGAACGAGGUGUGCACGGAGAGGAAAGCACAGCUCGUACUUAAAGAGGAGCUGAACAGGCAGCGCAAAGAAGAAGACAACCUCUUUGCCCAGCUGUGGGAAAAGGACCGGAUGGCCAAAGUGGAACGUGAAGAGAAAGACACCCAACGACAAAAAGAACUCAACCGGGAAAUGUUAGAUGUUCUUCAAGCCCAGAGAGCCGCAGCAGAAGCCCAGAAAAUGGAGGGGAAGCGGCUAAAAGAAGAAGAAGCCCGUUUACUGGAAGAGCAGCGACAACUAAUGAAGAUGGAGGAUGAACGAGCUGUGAUGGACAAACACCAGAAGCAGUCAGAAGUCCGGAACAUGUUGGACAAAUCCAUUCGUCUAAAGAUGAAGCGCCUGGCUCGGGAACAACAGGAGGAACUGGCCCUUGACAUGAAGAUCAUGGAGCAGAUUAUGAAGGACACACAUGACGACUCAAAGGAUAAACUUCAAAGAAAACUUGAGCUGCGGAGAGAGCAGCAAACGUACCGGGAGUACCUGGCCCGGCAGCUGGAAGAAGAGAGGCGUCAGGAGAAGGACCUGGACAAGCUGAUUGAGGUGGAGCUGGAGAAGUCCUGGUCUAAGCGGGCCACGCAGCUGAGGCUGGAGAAGGAGGCCAGGAACCGCCUGAUGAAGGAUGUCAUGGACACACGCAGACUUCAGAUUAAAGAGAAGUUGGAAAGAAAUGCUAUAGAACAGGAAGAGCUUGCGCAUGACAAAGAGCUCCUGGAAAAGGCCAUUGAAGAGCACAAGCAGCUGGAAGUGGAAAGAAACGCCAGGAAACUGAAGCAAGCGGCGCAGUAUAAGCAGCAGCUUCUUGGCCAGGUGGCUUUCCUGCAGCAGCAGCGGGACGCACAGAAAGAAGAGGAACUGCGGGAAUACGAGGACGGGCAGCGGGCCGAAAUCGCCUACCAGCAGAAACUGCGCGACAUCCUUUCCCGUCCCUACGUCGGUCAGGAACAUAUUCACCCCCUGAGAAAGGCCCGCAUUUCCAGCCCAAAAGAUUGGCUAACAAAUUAACCUUUCGCGUGCCGAAUUCAUUUUUAAUUUCCCUUUAACCCUCAACUUUCCUGACAAAUUUGUCAAACUCCAAUAUAGCAUUUUUACCCCGUCUGACUCUUAGAACGCUCCCAGGACUGUUUUGGCAUCUCAUAGGUUAAACCCUAAAGUGGCAGCAGUUCUCAAUAAAACGCUUUUUUGGGGGGUGAGAAACAUUUUAUUAAAGAAGAAACAUGCAAUAUUUGCAAA